UACCGCCGCUUCCGUCCAGCGGUGCGAGCCCACCGGAAACGUAAAAGCGACGACACCGAACCCAGACACACACACACACACACACACACACACACAGACAGACAGAGCUUCACCCACGCUGCAGCCGGAGGAGCCGGAGGAGAGCGGCGGAGGAACGGCGUCGGGAAGAGGCACGAGUCGCCGCCGAUAAGGCGCUUGCCGGCCGGACGGCUGGCUGGACGCCCAGCAAGACACAAGCUAGCAGGUCCAAGAGAAGGUUCUGUCCUCCCUCGCGGUUGAAAUGUCAAAGUUCACGGCCAGUAACCAUGGAGACGCACGACGGGCAGCAACAGCGGCGGCAGGAGGCCUCGGCCAAUGAGAGCGCUGCAUCCGGCACCGGUGCCCGCCCCUUGGCAAUCAACUCCAUGUCGCUGUACGAAAGGCAGGCCGUGCAGGCCCUGCAGGCGCUGCAGAGGCAGCCGCACGCCGCUCAGUACUUCCAGCAGCUGAUGUUGCAGCAGCACAUCAACAAAACGCAGCUGCGCAACCUGGCCGCCGUGCAGCAGGUCAAGGCCGGCGCGACGUCAGACUCCGCGUCCGCGGCCGGCAGUCGGCCCGUCACCGCGGCGACCGCGUCAACCAUCAGCCAGUCGCUGGUGCUGAGCGGCGGGGCGGGGGGUCGCGGUCAGAUGUUUCUCAGGGUCAACCGUCCCCCGAGAGCACCCAUCUCCUCGCAGCUCAUCUUUAUGCCGGGCCGAGCGCCGACGACCGCCACCGUGGCGACCGCCUCCGCGGCGACCGUCGCUCGUCCACCCAAAGAAGAAGUAGCGGCUACGAUGUCCUCCGGCAGCCAAACGGACGGCGAGCUGAAUUUGACAGUGAGGGGCGCGUCCUGUCCGAAAGGUGUCAAGACGGAGGUGCUCGAAAAGAGUGACGCAGCGUCGUCCUCACUGGUCGCCUCCCCCAAAAAGUCCACUCACCCGCAGCCGUCCCCCAUCAAGAUCCCCACCUACCCUCAGCCCGCCCACUUUAAAGGCCACCCCUCCCCCCCCUCCUCCGGUUCCACCUCCUCCAUCCCGUUCCCGCAGCUUCUGCUUCACGGAACCCGUACCCUCACCACGGGGACGGCGGCGCCCGCUGGCGCGCAGGCGUUGGUCUUGGCGUCCGCCGCGGCCUCACAGGCCCGUGCGUACCCGCUGGGCACGGCCGGCGUCGAGCCUAUGCAGAAGAGCGCGCCGGGCGGCGACAAGGUGGCCCACGGCAACGGGCCGGUCCCCAUCCAGCCCAAAACCGUGCAGGGGCUCCGCCUGCCCCUCCGGCUCACUUCCAAAAAACCCCCGCCCAUCAUGCCCGCCCCGCCGCCUGCCGACCGCCCCCCGCGGACGCCCCACGUCCCCGUUCAGAUUGUGGGCGCCCGGCAGAGCGCGCUGGGAAGCGGUCAGGGGUUAGCCUUACUCAGGGGGGGCUGCGGUCAGGAGGGGGCGGCCGUCUUCACCAGCUCGUCCAGCCGGCUCACCGUGGUGGCCUCCGUCGCUUCCGGGGAGGGCGCCGUCCCGGGGCGAGCACCGCCCGCCUCGACCUCGCAGGUUCAUCCGUGCCCCGGAACCCUGGUGCCCGCCUCCGCGCUGCCUCGUGCCCCGCUGCCCCUGGCGCAAGAGGCGCAAAGAGGGGCAGUGGAUGCGCCCGCUAACGGCGACGCCACAGGAAGUCGGAGCAAGGAUGCGGCGCUGAAGCGCAAGCUGGAGUCCGGCGACGACUUCGUCCCCGAAGUCCGACGGCCGCCGCCGUUACGAGAUGACGACUCAACUCUGGCCAACUUGGACGCAGCAGUUUCCGCCGCCCCUCUGGCCUCUCCCUCACCGUCCCGUGGCGUCUGCGGUGCGGGUGAGAGGGCUCCUCCCCCCCAAGCGGUGGCGAAGCCGCACAUCCUGACGCAUGUCAUCGAGGGCUUCGUCAUCCAGGAAGGCGCCCGGCCUUUUCCGGUAUGCGGGCAAAUCAAAGACUCGGCCGGGGAGGACUUCGCUUCCUCUGUAGCCACGGCAACAAUGCUGAAAUGCGAGUGCUGCGAGAAGUUGGCCCCCGCCAGCCAUUUUCCAGGAACCAAAAGGUUCUGCUCCACCUUGUGUGCAAAGAGGCACAAGCUCACCUUUGGCAGGCGGCCAUCUCGGGAGCAUCGAAGUCACCUCUCCAACUCGGAGGAGGAAUGCGACGUGGCCCAGAGGACGACGACGAGGAGGAGGAGGAGGAGGAAGGUGCCGCGCCGGACCAGCUCGGAAAUCGCUAGCGCCAAGAUCGCGGGCCAGUCGCUGUCGCUCAAGCACCUCUCCGAGUCCAGCCGCUCGGACAGCGAGUGGAGCGGCGAGGACGACGACGCCGUGUCUCCCUCGCCCGCGUCCUCCUCGGCUUCCGGCCGCCGCCGGCCCCCGCCGUCGCCGCCGCCCGCCAAGCAGAUAUCCGCCGCGCCUUCGAGCCCCGCACAUUGGAGUGUGGACCAAGUGUCGCAGUUUAUUUGCUCGCUACAAGGUGGGAAGCCUUUAAAGCGGCGCCGACGUCAUUAUCUGAAGACACAAGACGGAUGCCCUCGGUGUUCCGGAAACUUCUCUGUGAAAGAGGGCUCCUGUUUCUCACCCGGCACGUUGCGUUUCAGGCUGCGAGGAUCUGGCGGCGCUCUUCUUGUCGCAGGAGAUCGACGGACAGGCGCUGAUGCUGUUGAAGGAGGACCACCUGGUGUCGGCCAUGAACAUCAAGCUGGGCCCCGCCCUCAAGAUCUGCGCGCACAUCAGCAACCUGAAGGACUGAUCCGCUAGCCCAGGUACCUCCGACCUUCUGACUUUGUCUCCUCUCCUGUUCCGAUUAAGGCCCGGACUCGUCCCGGACUCGUCCUGUUCAGACGUCCGCAAAUGUGAACUAUUUUUUCUUUUUUCCACCUUUGUGACAAACGUAGCAGAACUCUCGUGAGAAACUCGAAAGCUGUGUCGGGAUCGCUCGCUCUGCGCCGUGUUGUGAGUUUGCCGUUUCGUAGCGCAGUUCGAAUGUGUCGUUAAGUACAGUGGUGCCUUGAGAUACGAGUGACCCGACUUUUGAGUUUUUCAAGAUGCGAGCCUGUCGCGCUCGCAGUCACGUAUUAUUUAUCCUCCGCGGAGAACAGCUAAUAUUAGUACCGUACUGAUGAGCUUGAGGGGAGUCGAGACGUCUCGAUGAACACGAUAUCCGACCGCCUGUGGUUUUUAAAAUAUGGCAUAAUACAGACAUGGAGACACAUCAAGAAGUGUUUCCCAACGGACUGCUGUAAUAUGAAUCGUUUUUUACGAAGAAUGAAAAAAUAAAUGUCUAUAUAUAUAACAACACAUCUGCAUGUGUUACUCCAGUAACUCCUGUUACUUAAAGGGUUAUAGCACCGCGACACUGAUGCUAUUGAUGAGCCCGUCUCGAGCGUUUUGUGUCGUUUGUCAGCAUUGAGCUAAACGGACGCUGUGGUUUCAACGCACAAGGUUCAGUUCUCUUUUAGCGCUUGGAUCCACAAUUUUUGGCUCACAAGUCAAAGCAAAGAAAUUGGCCGAACAGUGGCUCGUAUCUCAAAAGAAACUCAUAACCUGAUUCAGUUGUAUUUCAAGGCAAUAGUGUACCUGUAAGAAAAUGUCUUCCACAAACCCGAUGAUGGAGUUUUGGUUCAGUAUUUUUUUUCCCUCUUUGGAAGUGGCGACCACGCCAGCAGGCACUUGUGAUCUUCUUCUCUGUACAACUAUUUUCUUUUCUUUCUUUAUUUUUUAAAACGCAUCUUUAAUCAUCUCCAUUAAUGACAUCUUUGGGUCUUUUUUGGACCGGACCGCAUUGACUUUGGACAUUGGGCACUUUUGUUUCUUCAGAAGCGGACCACGGAGACCUUCUUCAAGGCUUCAUUUCAGCCUAAAGACAGGCCACAGGUUUUUAACAAAAAAAAUAAAAUAUUUUUUUUUUUUUUUUUUUUUUUUGCUUUUUUGC